CUAAACUAUCUUUUAGUUUUGUAACAUCAUUCAUUUAUACUUCCAAUACUUGAAAGCCAGUUUUUUAAAUUUUCGCUUUAUCGAUACAUCUAUAUUAUAAUACACUAUUAAAUUAUCGUGGUAAAACAUGUUUAACGUAUUAUUUUUGAAUCAAUUGAAAUAGCUAAUCCUUGGUCCAUUCAGAGCAUGGUCAAUGUUCAAAAAUAGCCCUCGAGUUAUUAGCUUAGUGAAAAUUUUUGUUGAAUUGUGUGCUGAAACACUUAUUUACAUCAUCAUUGCUGGAGUAAUUGUUAUACUCGAGGCAAUAAAUUUAUACGAAGAAUAUUUUAUGAAAAACGACAUAGUCCAGCAACAGAAAAGACCCACAAAGAAGCCUGUCAAAAAGAAACACCAGUCAAGAGUUAAGGUUCCAGCAAAGAAGACGCGUUCUAAUUCUACUACGCGUUCUAACUUUCCUACGUCUACUAGACCUUCCAAGUCUACUACGCCUACUAGAUCUUCCAAGUCUACUACGACUACUAGACCUUCCAGGUCUAUUACGCCUACUAGACCUUCCAGGACUACUACGACUACUCGGUCUACUACACCUACUAGACCUUCCAGGUCUACUACGCCUACUAGACCUUCCAAGUCUACUACACCUACUCAGUCUACUACAUCAACUGGAUAUACUAUUCAACCAAAUUGUCAUAACAAAGAUAAGAAACCUGGCGCAUCAGUAUUGAAAACUCCAAAUAGUAAUUAUACUGUUUUAUUAUAUUCUUAUUCUGAUUGAAAAUUAUAUAAUG